UCGGAUCGGUUAACGAUGUCGUUGCCGCGGGGUGUCGGUCUUGGUGUUGACGUCGGUCAAUUGAUGCAACACCAGCAGCAACAACAGCAACAUCACGUGCUACCAGCCGCGUUCUUCCUUCGUGCCAGUGCGGAGAGAUACCAAAGGACACCGAAGUGCGCGAGAUGCAGGAACCACGGGGUCGUAUCCGCUUUGAAGGGUCACAAACGGUACUGCCGUUGGCGGGACUGUGUGUGCGCGAAAUGUACACUGAUCGCCGAGAGGCAACGGGUCAUGGCUGCCCAGGUCGCGUUACGAAGGCAGCAGGCCCAAGAGGAGAGCGAAGCACGAGAGUUAGGGCUGCAACUGCAGUACAAUACAGGCAGCUGCACCACCGCCCCCGUUCUGCCUGGUGCAGGGAGUACAACCACGCCAGCUGGUAGCCCGCCCCCGCACCCGGCCCACGUAACGAGUCCGACCGGCCUGGCAAUUCCAGCGGCGGCGGCAGCCGCAGCCGCCGCCGCGGCAGCACACAUUCAAACGCAACUCCAACAUCAGCAACCUGAUUGCAGUCUUCUGCAACGGAAGAGGUUGCCCCAGGAUGAAUACCGGCAGCCAAAGAUCGAGAAACAGGAUCCUAUCGUUGGUGGAAUUGGGGGCACAAAGAGGUCGAGAAUCUCUGAGAGCACUACGGGAACAAUGCUUUCCACGAGCGACACCGGUAACGAAGACGACCGUGACUCCGACUCUGGUGGAGAACUUCUUGCUGACCGUCCAUUGGUUCCAACAUCAGCUGGAAUGACGGAAAACGAUGGACCGAGGAAGCGGUCCAAUAGUCUGAACGAUUCUGAGGAAGGAAGUCCGGAACCAGGUUCUCAGAGUCCGACGCAUACACCGCCCCUGACUCCGGCUUUGACUCCACAAAGAGAGGACACGCCGGCGCCAGAGAAUCUCAGUCUCCGCAAAAGUGGAAGUCCUCAACAGACGCAACAGACCCUUCAACCGGUGGAUCUGGUGCAGCCUAGACCCAGUCCUCCGUUACCUUCGCUCGCGGCUGCAGCGACGGCGGUGCAUUUUCCUCCCUAUGCGCCUCUGUACGGUCCAGCGGCAAGUUCCUUGUACUGUUCUCCAGCCCUGUACCAGCAUCAGCACCACCACCACAUGCCCGAACCUCGUGAGAUUCAAAUGCAGAUGCAGAUGCAAAACAUCCAACAGACCUGUGGACUGCAGUUACAACAGCAGCAGCAACAACAACAACAGCAACAACAGCAACAACAGCAGAGAUCUCCGGUAGACGUGUUGUUGCGAGUGUUUCCAGGAAGACGUCGAGCGGACGUGGAAGCUCUGCUGCAUCGGUGCAAAGGCGACGUAGUAUCCGCCAUGGAGGUGUUGGUCUGCGAGGAUAGCCUUCAACCGAAGUCAGCCUUCUCUCCAUUGGCAGGCGCGUUGGCGUCGGCAGCCGCGGCGUCCGCGUCGGUGUCGGCAUACGCGACCCGUGCUGCCUACUGCACCACUCCCAUCCCUUCGACGAGACACAGGUUCCUCGCCGCUCCUUACGCCGGCACCGGUUACCUGCCUACGGUCAUCAAACCACCCAAUCAGAAUCUGCACGCGAAUGGAACCGGGGACGCCUAUCGGGAGGCCAGUCCCGACGACGCCAGCGACAAAACCAGCUACUCCGAGUGACCGGACGACGGGCAGGCCAGCUGGUCUUACCUGCAA